AACGUUACACCAAAUUUUGGUCAAUAAAGUUUGCUUGAAGAGGUAGCUUAUCUUGAUGUCGCUGUGACGUCUUUGAAUUUACUGGCCGCACACUCUCCUUUCCACGGUGACAAUUUUCUACGUCUUCCAGGCAUCCGACCACGAGAAGCUGAAGUAAAAGGCGAUUUAGGAAAACAGUGCCGAAACUCUGAGAAUGGAGGCUGAAACUGCACCAAAUUACGAAAAAACAAAUCAUUAAUUACUUGUGUGUUGGCAGGCUGUUAAGGUUAGCUAACAAGCUUGUGUCAACACAGAUUAGCAAACCAAGCUGCAGCCCUCGCUAGGCUCUGUUGCUGUGGAUGCUAAUUGCAAUUAAACCUAAAAAAAAGAGUACCGUUUGUUUAUUUAUUUAUUAAGCAGCAGUCACAGCUGGAAGUGAGGUAAUACAAAACGUGCCAGCAUGAGGAUUUUAAGGUUUCUGAGGAGCAGCGUGUCCAUAGGGAAGGACAUCGACUACUAUUCCAAAUUCUCACCAUCCCCUCUAUCAAUGAAGCAGUUUCUGGAUUUUGGUUCAGAAAAUGCAUGUGUGAAAACAUCCUUCAACUUCCUCAGACAGGAGUUACCUGUGAGGCUGGCCAACAUCAUGAAGGAAAUUAACUUGCUGCCAGACAACUUAUUGAGGACGCCAUCAGUCCGAUUGGUCCAGAGCUGGUACAUGCAGAGUCUUCAGGAGAUUCUCGAGUUCAAAGACAAAAAUGCAGACGACGAGAAAGUCACAUAUGAUUUCACAGAUACUGUGAUAAAUAUCAGAAAUCGCCACAAUGAUGUCAUUCCCACCAUGGCUCAGGGCGUUGUGGAGUACAAGGAGGCGUACGGCACAGAUCCCAUCGUCAGCCAGAAUGUUCAGUAUUUUCUGGAUCGCUUCUACAUGAGCAGGAUUUCCAUCAGGAUGCUGCUCAACCAGCACACUCUGCUCUUUGGAGGGAAGGUGAAUCCUGCACACCCCAAACAGAUUGGCAGUAUUGAUCCACACUGUCGGGUCAGCGAGGUUAUCAGAGAUGCCUACGAAAAUGCAAGAAACCUUUGUGAUCGGUAUUACAUGAACUCUCCUGAGCUGGUCCUGGAGGAAUUCAAUGCCAAAGAGAAGGGGAAACCUGUCACCAUGGUCUAUGUUCCAUCUCAUCUGUAUCACAUGGUGUUUGAACUCUAUAAGAACGCCAUGAGGGCCACCAUGGAGUUAUACGGAGAUGCCAUGGAGUACCCUUCUAUCCAUACACAGGUUGCUCUGGGAACUGAAGAUCUCACAGUCAAGGUGAGCGACCGUGGAGGAGGUGUGCCACUGCGUAAAAUCGACAGGCUGUUCACCUACACGUACUCGACUGCUCCGAGACCCAGCAUCGACGGAUCUCGUGCUGCUCCUCUGGCUGGUUAUGGGUAUGGCCUGCCCAUCUCACGACUGUACGCUCGCUACUUUCAAGGAGACCUCAAGUUGUAUUCUAUGGAGGGUUACGGAAUCGAUGCUGUGAUCUACAUACGGGCACUAUCCACAGAGUCCAUCGAGAGGCUCCCGGUGUACAACAAGUCAGCCUGGAAACACUACAACACCAUCCACGAGGCAGACGACUGGUGCGUCCCGAGCAAAGAGCCAAAGGACAUGACGACAUUUCGUAGCUUGUAGAUGAAAUGUAAAUGAAAGUGCGCAAGAGACGUAACCGAAUGUGUGAGCGUGUGGCAGUAAUUACAUCAAACCCUUCAGUUAUUUACAAACAAAGCUUAAAGAAUAAUAGAACAAAGUUUUAGUGCCAUAUAAUCCACAUGGAACAAUGGCUUUGUUAUGAUCAGUACUUUAAAGUGCAGCAGCUCUUGGUUUUCCCCAUUCAUCUUAAAUGUUAACUGUCAUCUACCAGGACCAGGUUUCAACAAAUGCAAGCUGUAUGUUUUUUAUGUUUUAUAUUUAUAUUCGACAUGAAAAACUUGCAGGUGCAGAGAAAUCAACAAUUUAAACAUACAUUCAUGUUUUCUCUUUAAAUGAUGAACAAGAUGGUACUGCACAGCUGUCAGCGCUCUCUGGUGGACAAAGCUUGCAAAGGUGUCAUGUUUGUCUGAUGAGCUAAAGAUCACCUGAUGCGUUUAUCAGGACAUUUAUCAUUUUUGUGAUGCUUUAAGAAUAAGACUUAAAAGCCAUGUUGUAUUGUUUGUAUUAGCAGAGGUCUCAGCAAAACAAGCGGUCUGCAGGGUUCAAUGCCAUCGGGGGUCGGAGGACAAUGUAUUAAAGCUCUGAACUCGCGUUUAUGUGAGGUUGUCCUUACAGGUAUCAGCAAAAGUUUAGUUUGCUUUGCUGCUCUGAAGCUUUUCCUUUGUCUGUUUUAAUUACGGUGAACUUUAGUUUCUCCUGUUACAGUUUAUCUGUGCGUAGAGUUUCUCUCCCCUGUUUUUGUGGAGUCUGUUACUUUGAAAGAAAAGCACAGCUGAUGUGAAAUUAAAAGCUUUGCCUUUUGUUAAGCUGCUGUCUUCUAAGCACUUCUCGUGUUUCUUUUGUUUAUUUAUUAGGGCAUUUCUAACAGGGUAUUGGUUAAAAAGUAACGUGAUGGAAAAAAGGUUAGAUUUGCUGUCUGUUUGUAUGUAUGUAAAACAAGUGCAAUUGUUGUAUUGCACUUGUUUUACAUGCUAGCUUGAGAAUGUUGGGGGUAUUUAUUGGGAGUGUUGCAGCUGGUGUGGUUUAUUGGGUCAGUGUUUGUGGUUUUCUGUUAUGCUUUAAAAGAAGAUACUACAACCUUGAACUCUUUUCCACAUGAGUCUUCUGUGUCCUAUAAGGAAACUUAAUACAGUAUUUUAGUGCUGUGGUUGUAUUAUUUGGGCUCAUUCAGCUAUACUGACAAAAGUCCUUGUUUUCCAUGUUACACUAUCUGCAGUUGUCUGAGUGGAUCAUGUUCAGUAUAGUAGGUUAUUUUCCAGAUAAUUACUUUUGUUAAAAUAGGUUUGUGCAUGCAGAGUCGAGGUGAGACAAACUUGUUUAUUUGUGAUCACCGAUUUCUGUCAAGUAUGUAAUUAAAACUGGAACACCAGCAGUUUGACUGUUGAAGGCAUCAGAUAUGAAAUCAUUGCCAUGGGGCAAAAGUUUCAAUAAACAGUUACAAACACUGA